AAGCUAGUGGAAAUUACUGCCCCUCUCCAGCAUGCUACAACGCCCCCUGGUUUCAUGACGUCAUCUAGCGUUGCCCGUGUAAAACAAUCUGCGCACCAAUUUAUCUUCAGUGGGCACGGUGGGCCUGGCCGAGGCAUGUCACUCACCAAGCCGUUCUUCUGCUUUGUGCAGGGCAUCAUGGAAGUUGCCGAGCAGCGGGACAAAUGGAGCUACAAGGUCGAGUUCGUUUUCUCGUGCGUCGCUCUUUCCCUCGGUCUGGGAAACAUCUGGAGGUUCCCGUACCUCACCUACCAGAACGGUGGAGCUGCGUUCCUGGUCCCGUACUUGCUCCUGCUCAUGGUGCUAGGACGUCCCAUGUACUUCUUGGAGCUCAUAUUGGGACAGUUCUCCAGCUCCUCCACCAUUAAGUCCUUCGCCUGCCUGCCGCUCGCUCAGUGUCUUCCCAUGGUGAUGAUGUACGCCGUGUUCCUCACCAGCAUCUACUACAACGUGAUUUCGUGCUACACGCUCACCUACGUGUACUACUCUUUGUGGCAAGUGCUCCCCUGGUCGCAGUGCAACCCAGAAUGGACCAACAAGUACUGUUUCGUUCAAGGAUCGAAAUUUGUGUCCUGUAAGGAAGCCAACGAAUCCCUCCUAUUGCUUUUCCGGCGCAUAAACUCGACCGAAAAAGACGCCGUCGCCAUCAGAAACGGUUCCACGGUCUACAUGGUGCCUCGAGACGAGUUCGAGUCGAGGUACAACGGAUGCAAGGACGCCAACGAGACGUCCACGGAGCAGUUCUUUUACAAGCGAUUCCUGGGCCUUACGUCAGGAAUCGAUGAACUGGGUGGUGUCCAGACCGACAUAUUCCUCGCGCUCCUUGUGGCCUGGGUUAUUGUCUUCCUUGCCGUUUCCAGAGGAAUCCGGUCCUCCGGAAAGGUGGCCUUCGUGACUGUUCUUGUGCCUUUCGUCAUGAUGGUGGCCCUGCUCAUUCGGGGUGCGACUCUCACCGGAGUCGGCUUUGGUACCGCCUACUACCUGCUCCCCAAAUGGCGGCGGCUUCUCGAGUACAAGGUAUGGCAGAAAGCCGCCGAGCAAGUCUUGAUUUCUUUGGGAGUGGCUCAAGGCAUGGUAAUCACGAUGGGAAGCUACAACGAAUUCUCGAACAACGCUAACAUAGACGUUUACGUAAUCGCGGUCAUCGACGUCGUCGUCAGCCUCGUGGGCGGUCUCGUGGUGUUCACGGUGUUGGGCAGCAUGGCGUUCAGACUACGGGUCUCCAUGAUGGACGUCCUUAGGAUAGGCGACAUUCAUGCUGACGGCUUGUACACCACAGGACUCGGGUUGGUAUUCGUGGCUUACCCGCAGGCCAUUUCGACCGUUUCCCAGCCCAAACUUUGGGCGGCUACUUUCUUCGCCAUGCUCUUCCUCCUCACUAUGGGAUCGCAAAUGGCGUUCGUGGAGAGCCUCUUGUCUGCACUGAAGGACCAGUUCGAGAACUUGCACGAGCGUCGCACCACCCUCGCCGCAGUCGCUUGCUGCGUCGGCUUCCUGCUCGGCUUGCCGCUCACUAUGCAGGGAGGGUUCUACAUACUCAACGCCAUCGACACCGAAGUAGGCGGGAACUUGCUUCGAUGGAUCGCACUCUUCGAGAUUGUCUACAUGAUUAUUGGCUACGGUAUAAAUAGGCUGAGCCUGGAUGCCGAAUUUAUGAUGGACCGGCCAAUGGGAUUACCGAUAGAAAUUUGCUGGAAGUUUUUCUGCCCAAUCCUGCUACUGUUCGUCUGCAUCAGCAGCAUUUUCGAGACGAGGCCGUUGACCCUGGGCGCCUACGUCUAUCCUCCGUGGGUUCAGGUCAUCGGCAAGGUGCUUUUCGUGACGCCCGUCUUGGUCAUGGCUGGCGGUGGCGUCGCACACCUUGUCAAGUGGCAGGGGAGAUGGUCCGAGGCCGUGCUGCCCCGACCCGAGUGGGGCCCCAAGGAUGCGAGCACGCUGUUGCGCUACCAGCUGUUCCUUUUCGAUCGAGCCGUGUUGCCGCCGGGCAAGGAGUGGGUCGACCAGGAGCCCCUCAGGAAGGCCGCGCUCGCACUGGGCUGGCAGCAGCACGCGGAGGCUGAGAAGGACGCCGUGGCGGCGCCGUCCCCAGCCUCUGCUGGCACCGUCGAAGCAGCCCAGAAAGAGCAAAUGGUGGAGCCGUCUCCAGCCGCUGUUGCUAUUGCCGGGAACAGUGGGAAUGCCGCCGGCGCCGCAAAGGAAGUUGUGUGAAUCGAAGCGACGAAAAAAAUAAGGCAUAUGCAUAUAUUCAAGAUGUUCCUACUA